CCAGAGCCCUAACCCAGCUUCCACCCGCUGGUCGAUCACUCUGCGACCAAGGAGAAACGUGGAGCGUGCCGUGCCGUGCGACGGAGGAGCUGUCAACGACGGAUGUUUCGACGGCGACGUACCCAUUGAAAGGCUGCGCCAUUUAAAGGCGUCAUUCGAAGAGAAGCAAGUAAGUUUAGCCUAGAAGAAGAAGAAAGAAGAAAAGAGUCAUGGCAGGCAAAGCUGCUGGUUCAGUGACGAAGGCUGUAGGUGGAUAUCAGUAUCCAUGGCGUGAGAAGUUGGUAAAGUAUAGGGAUGAACUUGCCAAAGGUGUCUGGGGAUACUGGGAGCUCGGAGCAUGGAAACCGCUUGGUAUUAGUGCUCGCCGUAGGGCUCGGUUGCGCAAGGAAGUGCUUCUUGCUGGGGAAGAUUGGCCAUAUGAUCCGGAGAGGAAGGAGAUGAAAACCAGAAGGAAAGGACAUAAAUGUGACAGGAUAGCUGCAGAAAAAAGGGAGAACACUGCAAGAUUGAUGGAGAAGAUGCCAGACAUGUUGCUGGAUUACAAGAAGCGCAGGUGGGAGAAGAAGAUGAAGGAAGAAGACAAAGGCAAAUAGUAAAGCGCAGGUGGGAGAAGAAUAUGAAGGAAGAAGACAGAGGCAAAUAGUAACUUUUCUGUGCAAUUUUGCUUUGUGCUUAGUUCUUCCUUUUUUUUUUUUUUUAUCCCAUUGCUUGGUGUCUUGAGAAACCUAGAGGUAUUACCACUACCCAAACUCCUGUUGUGUGAGAGUGUUAUUAUCAACGGCGGUCUCACAAAUAUCUCUGGGAUCCCUUUGUCAUUUUUAUUUAAUAUGACUACAUAUUUUAAGAUUUGAACUUAAAAUUCCAAUAUAAGCUUAUUCCAACCAGUUGAA